UCACAGCUGAGCAUGCGCUGUGCCUGAUGUACUUAAGCAUCUUCUGAAUGAAGUUUCAUAUUAGUGAUCUAAAUUUCAUGAGAUGAUAUAGAGUAAUAUAUCACCCUGAAGUACACGCUGAGAGGCUGUUGAAUUUUCAUGCUUAACCGUACCACUCAAGACGGCACCCUUGCGCACUAUUUUGAACGUAAAUAUUCAUUGAGGAAAAGACUAUGUUCUAUUCAAAAUCUGUCUGAAGCUAACGAACAGCGAGGUACCUUAAGCAAAUUUUAGCAAAAUUCUGAGUUGAUAAUAAGCACCAAAAUGUACGGUCUAAUUUUGGAAAGCAUUCAUGAGAUGAUCAAAGAACAUUAUGGUGAGGAGAAGUGGCUAGAAAUCCGCAGUAAAGCGGACAUCGACGAGCAUAUUUUUGUGACACAUGAUAUCUACAGUGAGCGUGUGGUUCGUCAAAUUUCUGAGGCAGCGAGCGAGGUCCUUGGGGUGACUGUCUCUGAAUUUAUGAACGCUAGUGGGACAUAUUUUGUCUCUUUCAUGUCUAACUACGAUUACGAUCGUCUCCUAGGGUGCCUUGGCCGAACCAUGAGUGAUUUCCUCAACGGUCUUGAUAACCUUCAUGAGUACAUUCGCUUCAGCUACCCGAAGCUCCGACCGCCUAGCUUUUUCUGCACAGACGAGACCGAAAAGGGGCUAACACUUCACUACCGAUCAAAGAGACGAGGAUUCAUUCACUACGUGAUGGGGCAGAUUAUUCAAGUCGGUAGAAAUUUCUACGACAUGGAAAUCGACGUUCAAGUUACAAGCAGCGAAUAUAAAAGCGGAAUGCAGUCUGUCGUCUACCGAUUGAACUUCGAAAAUAAAAAUUACCGUAGGAAUACGGAAAGCGUGUCCCGCUUCAUGGAAAGAGCUCCCUCCCUGCAGCCUUUACAUAUUUUCAAAAUAUUUCCCUUCCAUAUUGUGUUCGAUGAUUCUAUGACCAUACAAAAUGUUGGCAACGUCCUCCAGACAGCUAUUCCCUAUCUCGUGGGCAAACCUAUUGAUCAAGAAUUUGAGCUGAUUAGACCGCUACUAGAUUUUUGCUGGGAAUCGGUAAUUUCGCACGUAAAUAAUGUGUUUGAACUAGCCGCGACAACGCUGAUACGAAGACCAACCAGGACAACUCGUUCGUCAAAAAGUGUUUCACAAUCAUCAAAGCGAAAUGCAAGUAAAGACAGUACCCAAUCUGACGAGAGUUAUUCAGAUGCUCUAACUAUGGAAGUGAACCCUCGUCGAGUACGACUCAAAGGCCAGAUGCAGUACAUCAAAGAGUGGGAUGCCAUCAUGUUCCUUUGUACCCCAGUAAUGGAAAACAUAAACACAAUGGCUGCAGCAGGGUUGUAUGUGAAUGACUUUAGCAUGCAUGAUUCCAGUCGUGACCUUAUAUUGGCUGGAACACAGCAAUCCACUGAGUUGAAGAUGGCACUCGACCAGGAGCAACGCAAAAGUGCCCAAUUGGAAGAGAGUAUGAGGAAGUUAGACGUGGAAGUAAAGAAAACAGAUUCGUUACUCUAUCAGAUGAUUCCGAAACCUGUAGCGGAAAAACUCCGCAAAGGAGACUCGGCGACGAGUACAUGUGAGGUAUUCCAGUGUGUGACGAUUUUGUUCAGUGACGUGGUCGGGUUUACUACCAUCUGUUCGAGAAUCACACCGAUGGCGGUGGUGGCCAUGUUGAAUAGCAUGUAUACAAAAUUUGAUAAUCUCUGUGAAACAUAUGAUGUCUAUAAGGUGGAGACAAUUGGAGAUGCUUACAUGAUAGUGUCCGGGGCUCCGACCCCGACUGAUGACCACGCCUUAAGGGUAUCUGAAAUGGCCCUGUCCAUGAUAGAAGCUAUGCAUGACUUAAAAGAACCCGACACAGGUGAACAUAUGAAGAUACGCGCAGGAGUCCACUCGGGAGUAGUAGUUGCCGGAGUGGUUGGCUUGAAAAUGCCCCGGUACUGCUUGUUUGGUGACACUGUUAACACCGCCUCAAGAAUGGAAUCUACCAGCGAGGGACAGCGCAUUCACAUCAGUCAAGUUACUAAGGACGUCCUAGGUAACUGUCCGUAUGUUAUCGAAGAAAGAGGCUCAAUCGAAGUUAAGGGCAAAGGAUCUAUGAAGACCUAUUGGUUAAAGGGCCGUAGAGAUGAUGCACCGCCAUUCACUUGUUUUAAGAAACUUGGUUACCAUGACAGCGACGACUCAGAACUUGAGGAAGCAAACCCUUACAAGCCUGUACAGUUUGAAAAACAGGUAAGAAAUUCUGGUUCCAAACCCGCACCUUUACUAAAAGCAAACCCAAUCAAACAACCAUUAAAGAAACGCUCUACGGCGGGGAACCAAUCUCAAAACUUUCCAAAAGCCAAACCCAUUGAAAAGAAAGAAUUCAGAAGCUCGCUUGAAAAGAAAGAGAAACUUCAAAAGAUAAUCGAAAAACCAGCAACACCGAAUAAUCAGAAAAACCUUAUCAAAUCUCCUGUAAGAGAUAACAUGACCAAAUCAAUAAAUUCUCCUCUGAACAACCAGUUGAAAUCACCGUUUAAAACCGGUAAGAAGAUCGAAAAUCGUCAUGAUCUUUCGUCAGUGCCUCAACCAUCUGCAAUGACUCCAAUAGAAAAGCCGAUCAUAAAGGAACCAAAUGCUAACAAACUCGGAUCCCCAAUCAGUAAGACGUUGAAUACGGCUGCCAUGAAACUAGAAAGCGAAAUGAAAGCCGCUAAACAAGUUGAAGAAAAACCGGAAUGUGCUAUCAACGCAGGCGAUGAGGAGAAGACGUCUUUGGGGGCAGAGGGCAGGACAACUACAAAAUGUAGCCGGCUUUGCACCUUCUUGUAAUCUAAAAUACAAUUUUGUAAUGAGCCUAUAUUGCGAAUAUUUUGGUAUUACAUAAGUAAUUGUGGGGUUUUAAAUAACGUUAUAUUUUCAAAAAAAAAAUAUGCUUGGAUUCUCUCUCUGUCUCUGUUGAACAGUUACUGUCAAAUCAAUAUUUACUAUAAAAUACAAGUAAGAUUUCGGGAUAGAUAUAUGUCCCCGUAGGCCUAAACCUGGGCAUUCACGCAGCGGCCGACGGGCGUCAGCCGACGCGAUUUAAGCAACGCCACGAAGCGCGCGUACCGGAUCCUUUUUAUUGACGAUCCAUUCAGACUGCCACCGACAAUCGGCGUCGGGCCGUCUAGCGCUCGCAGGGAGCGGAGUUUUCGUCGUACGACGCAGUGAGUGCCCGGCUUUAGUUAAGAUCAUGCAUUAUCUCGAUACCAACCUAGGAUGACCAAUAUUUUUAUGUUUAGUAAGUGUAAAUACAGUACAGUAUACAUACGUUGUUUUUAUUAAAGCAAAAUGCAUAGUAUAGAAUGUCAAAUUGCCCGACGCAUGCGUUUUGUAAUACUCUGACAAGAAAAUACUGUUAAAAUUGGGUGUCUUGACAAAAUACACUAAUGUUGGAAUAGGUUAUAUAUAUUGAAUAGAGCUUAAUGUUAACAUUAUUAUUAUUAAACCGCUCCUGUGGUCUUUUCAUUUUCAACUGAUAAAUUGCGUCAUAAAUAGGCCCUAUUCGUUAAAUAAGUUAAAUGUUAAACUUAAUACACCAUCUAUUUUUUUUUUAUUUCUACAAGUGUAUUAUAUUUUUUUUUUUAUGGAAACACAUUGAAUCAUUAUAUAUACAUAUAUAUA